AUGAGCGACACGGCGCGUGGGAAGGCAGCGCCAGCAUGGAAGACGCUCAGUGUCGGUGGCAUGGCUGGCCUGACGUCUUGCGUGCUGUUGCAGCCUAUGGACCUGCUUAAAACUCGGAUGCAACAAGAACGGUCGCCCACCGUGUCUUCCCUGUCUGCCACGCAGCGGCUCGUGCGCGCCUUCCGGUCGGUGGUAGACACGUCAGGUACGCUUGGACUAUGGCGUGGCACAGUGCCCACGAUCGUACGAAACGUACCAGGUGUCGCAGCCUAUUUCUAUACACUCAACGAGCUGCGCUGGCUCGUAGCUACUUGGCAAAUUCCUGUCCUUUCCUCUCGCCCUGGACCUGCACGAACACAGGACUCAUCGACAAUGGCCCGCCUCUCCAGCACAGGGAAUAUCCUCACAGGCGCAGUUGCACGUGUAUCAAUUGGCCUUGUUCUUAACCCCAUAUCCAUUGUCAAAGCACGUUACGAGUCCAGUCAUUAUGCUAAGGAUGCCUACCCUACCAUCACCGCAUCGCUACGAAGCCUGUAUCAUGAUGGCGGUUUCCGUGGGUUUUUCCGCGGGUUCUCAGCUACAGCUCUACGUGACGCGCCCUACGCUGGUCUGUACCUUGCCGUGUACGAGCAAUACAAAGUAUGGCUCGGCCAAUGGACACGGGCUGGGACAGGAGCCUGGUGGGUCGUGGGCAUGAGUGGCAUGUGUGCAGGCGCGAUCGCUACGGUGCUAACGCAUCCCUUUGAUAUUUUAAAAACUCGCAUGCAGACUACCCCAAAAUCCAUGCUGGAGCCACACUUGGCCUCGGCAGGCCAGCGCAGUAUCUGGGGCACGACACGACACAUUCUUGCAACGGAUGGCGUUCGUGCUUUUGCCGAUGGCUUGGGCCUGCGAUGCGCACGAAAAGCAGCCAGUAGCAUGAUUGGCUGGUCCAUCUUUGAAUUAGGUCAUCGGUGGGUGUCAUGA